AUGUUGGUAGUACUGGUGAUGGUGCAGAUGGCCAUAUUGGCGUUCUCAUACGGCAGCGUCAUGGACGACCGCCUCCGAACGUCUAUUCAGAGCUAUACUCCGAUCCUGGAUAGAUCUGAAACGCGACGGUUGCCGACGGUUCUUAUUAUCGGCGUGAGAAAAGGUGGCACUCGAGCUCUACUCGACGCAAUGGCCCUGCAUCCAAAUAUUCGAGUCGUUCGAAAAGAAGCCCACUUUUUCGAUUUGAACUAUUCUAAGGGUAUCGAUUGGUAUCGAUCGAUGAUGCCGCUCAGCACUCCCGAUCAGGUAGUUGUGGAGAAAACCCCUGGCUAUUUCACUUCAGCUGUGGCCCCAAAACGAGUACGUGAAUUGGAUCCUGCUAUGAGGAUUAUUCUCAUCGUCCGUGAUCCUACCCAGAGAACUAUUAGUGAUUUUACGCAGGUCUACUAUAAUAAAUUAGAGCAGAACAAAACACUGCCAAUAUUCGAGAAGGAAGCGUUUCUUCCGGAUUCCGAGCUAAUCAAUCCAGAGUAUAAGCCGGUUCGAAACUCGCUGUAUGAUCUUCACAUGGCCAAUUGGUUACGGUAUUUCUCGAUGGAGCAGAUAUUACUCGUGAAUGGCGAUGUCUUUCGUGGAAAUCCUAUCAAUGAGUUACGCCGUGUCGAGACAUUCCUUGGUCUGCCACACAAAAUCACUAACGAUCAGCUGAUCUUCAAUGAACGCAAAGGAUUCUUCUGCUUCCGUCGCACACCUCAUACACGUGUGAAAUGCCUCGGCAGCACGAAAGGGCGGCCGCAUCGCGAAAUCGCUGAAGAUGUCGUCGCCAAGCUGCGAAGAAACCUUCACCCACACAAUAUACGGUUUUACGGAUUGGUAAAUAGAAUAUUUGCAUGGUGA